UCACUAGUUUCGUUUCCGCAAGCAAUUUGUACCCGUAAUAGUAAUCUUGAAUUUCCCAAGCAUCCCCUUCAUCGUUCUCUUUCCUUCUUUACUAAGAAAAAGAAAACCGCCGAAGCUUUCCGCGGACAUUGUCAUCAAUUAAUUAUUAAAAUCGUUACUUCCUUAAAACCCUAACAUUUUCUCAAUUCAACUGAAGAAGAACCCAAAAUCUUACAAUUAUCAUGUCUCGUUUAAACACAACCUCACCUCGUUUAUUUCUUGUACUCUGUCUAAUUCUCUCAACUUCAUUACUACCUGCCGAAGCCGUUUCCUUUGUACAAUUAAGAACCCUAAUUUCACUAAGCAAGUCACUGAUGAAUAGAGUGUCAAAUCUUCGAGCUUCUAGAGGGGAUUAUCCAGGAUCACAAAGAGCUAAAAAGAUAGCUGAUCAAUUAAAAGGAGGAGGAUUAGGGCUUUAUAAAGGAAUGUGGUCAAUGGGUAUUGACUAUUUGAAGAACUAUGCUUGGGGAGAUGUGGGUUCAUCAACGGACAUGUUUAGAGCCAUUUCUGAAAUCAAAGAAAUUUUGAUGGGUUUGAAUGAGUUGACUCGGUUGAACUCGGAUCAAGAGAGAGCUGCUUGGGUUGUUAGAAAUUAUCAGAAAUUGUUUAGUAUCUCUAAAUCAAUCUUGUGGAAACUCCUUCAAGUGUUUCGCCGAUCGGGUCCUUUGAGAGAGGUUGUACUGAUAUUGCAAGAAGAGAUCGAAGGGGGCUUGUUGAAGGACUGCCUUGAAUUGGGAGCAAAUGACUUGAAAGGAUUGGUUCAAAUAGUAAAAGAUCUCGCGUUACAGUAUUCUACUGCUUCUUCCAGUAGCAGUCGGGCCGAUCUGUAGUUGAAUAUGAAUCACAUUGUAUCCUCCCGAAAGCGUCUGGGAGGAGCACAUAUGGUAAGUUUGAACUUCACUUUAGUCAGUUAUUGGUUUGACUGUUUUGCCUAGGUGGAAACUAUCUUAAAAAUGCUUUUUGAGUGGAUGCUCCCCAAUGGUGAAGAUCCGAUCCUUGUAAUUUUCUGGAAAUCUGUAAUUUGGCGACCUGUCCUGAAUGAGCAAUAAUUCCACAUAUCCUCUUGAUUGUCGUUCCCGUGAAAACAACACCCUUGAUUAUUUUGGUUGUGGGGCUCAAAUUGAUGUAAAAUGAUCCAGCCUGCCCCCAGUUUAUUGGUGCACACAAUAGUAUAAGUUUUGUUGAGGUGGCACAUUGUGAGGGAGAGUGACCAGAAGACUUUAAAGAUUUCUGCAUUUGCUUCUUGGCUUACUUUUACAUAUUGUCAGAUUUUUGCUCCACCCAUUGACGGGAAACUGCGGAUGAAUGAUACAUAACUGAGCAACUCAAAACGAGAAGCCAUGCAAUGAGUGAGGAUUUUCAUCAAACAUCAAGAGGUUUUGGCCCCUUCCGACCCAUAUAAUCAAGUGUAGAUUAUUUUGUUUGGAAUCCUGAAUACGAAUUAUCAGGAACUGUGAAUUUGGACCUCAAAUCAGUUAACAUAAUUGGAUAUUGUAUGUGAUAGUAUUCAAUAAAUUGAAUAUCUACAUGAUUACUGAGAACGGUUUGAAUCAAUUGAUUGAUAAAAGAAAGAUGAAUUGUUUA